GUUGUUGAGUCGCGUGCGGAAAUGGUUAUCGGUCGGUGUUGUGAGAAGCAGAUGAAUAUGAAUGGUUAUAAAGGGCACUUCUCACGUACGCAAAAGCGAGAUUGCUGCGUGUUGAAUGUGGGAUUCGGGGUGAAAUCGUGCAAUGUGCUGACACUGUAAGUGAAGAGGCGGGUGGAGAAGGAAGCGAUCGAAACUCCGAGCUUGAAUAGCGUGGCCUAAAUUAGCGAAAUCAAAUAUAGAAAAUCCACUGUGACUGAUGAAAUUCCGCCAGUUACACUGUUUUCUGACGUAAUAUUACGACAGUACGCCGCGCCCUCAGGGGCUCAUUUUCACUCCAAAUGAAUAAGCAGAUCCACAUAAAUACUUCUGUGCCAAACGCAACUUCGAUAACAAAUUCGGCCAAUGAACAACCUCAUGCAAAUGUUGAUUGCAACGGUACCGAUCAGCUGAGCUAAUUUUCACAAUGUUCGCCGCGGGAAUAUAACUAAUUUUUAAACUUGGUCUGAGUCUACCAGUGGGUAUUGUUGCUAAAGACACAACUGGUCGUAACAAGAAUCGAGGGUUCAGCACGAAUCUUUACACAGGUGAAGGGCCGAUGAAAAUCACAAGAUAAUGGUUGGGUUAUUCGACAACAAGAAAUAUUUUUUCUUGUCGGCCGUAUUGGCUUUGUGAUAAAUCGAAUUCAGAUGCGAAAUUUGUAAAACGAAUCGCAGAUUCGGCUCAUUUAGGUCGCGAUAUUGAAUCACAUGAGGAAUCGAAGCAACGCGGAAUUUCUUGCGAAAUUUACUAUCGUUGGCAGAAUUAUUAGCGUAAAGUAAGGAACUCAAGGACCUGAUAAAGACAUAGAGAAAUCAGUUGAGAUGCUUUCCUCACUCAUUAUUCAGUUCGCAGACAUGAGAAAUGAUUGGGGCUCCGUGAAGGCUGGGAUGCGAUUGAGUUGUCAAAUACAUGGAAAAUUGAGCCCACUUUUUCCGAAACGCGAGUACGACGUAUUAGGCGAUUUUUCGACGAGUUUCGGGGAGAUGAACGUACUUCUAACUAUUAGAAGCGUUUCAAAAUUGAGGUGUUUUAUAGAAUGCUAGAUGUAAAAAUUACCCAACUUGACACCAGGUUUCAGUCUGUUAAUCGGUUGAGUGCCAAUUUCAAAUGCCUAUAGCCCCCGUUUUUAUUACAGUCAUCCGAUGGAACUAUUCUGACUGCAUCAGAUGUACUGUUAUCAAGGUAUUCAACGGAAUUGUCAGCAAGCUUGUGUUCAGAACUGCUCCGCUUUAAAUCUAGCUACAAUAGUCAUCAUCCAAAAUUAUCUUCCAUUCGCGGAGUAGCGGAACUGCUUUUGAUUCACAAGCCUGCAUCAAGUAGUUUCACUGAUACAAUUACAGCAUGCAUGAGUUUUUAAACCUUGUCAGUUACUGCAGCAGCAUACGAAAGCAGCUUUUAUGUUUUGAAAUUUAUGGAAACCUAUCUGAGGCAUAGGAUGUCGCAACAUCGUUGAAGUUCUUUGGCAACGUUGCCAAUCGAAAAAAAGAUAGCACGUCAGUUUGACAUUGAAAAAAAUAAUCGACCAAUUUGCUGAAGCUAAGGUUCGAACGAAAGUUUUUAAAUUACUAAAAGGUAAGCCUAGUUCUGAAGUUGCGAGUGGGACUAACAGUAGAAUAUAUAACAUUGCGUACAUACAAUUGAAAAAAAGUCGAGAAUCACGCAACUUGGAACGUUUACAAUCAUUUUUGUUGCACAACUAUGCGAAUUAAGGUCCAUUGGGUCUCUGUUGGAGACUAAAUUGUGAUUUGAUGACAAUCCGUUGUAGUGUCAAUUACGCAGCUUGAAUUACGUGCAGUAUAAUUUUGCGUAGAAUUGAGAGAGUAUGAGGAAUAGCUUUCUCUCUUCAGAGAGUUACAACGAUAUCAGAAGUAUUCACAUUUUUUUUUUAAUGAAACCCAAGUGUCCACUCAAUCUACAACUCAAAUUUUUCUCCAACAAUUUUUGCUUUUUGAUGGAAAUUCUUAUGGCGCGUCUCUGUAUGAAAAGACAAUCGAUGAAAUCCUCAUACACGCGGAACGUGAUUCAUUCCAUGCGUAUUUAUAUCCGAGCAUUUACCCACCACCAUACGUGCUUUUCAGUUCAGUGAGAACAAUUCACAGAAUUUUUAUUUAUUGCGUUUCUUUUUAGUGAAAUGUACAAACAAUUUUGCGUAUUUUCGUUUUCGAAGAUAUGUCGUAAUUAUAAUAUUUUCCCGAGUAUUGAUCUUCACAUGAAGUCAUUGCCUCGGAAAAUCAACAUUUUUAUGAGGCCAUAGGCAGGCAUUUGAGAUAACUACAAAAAUUUGGUUCAUUGUUUCAAAGCAGUGAUUAAACUUCCACUUGACCGACUUCACGUGACCUCGAAAACGAGAGAUCGAUGAUUGUUUGGCAAAUGUAUUCUCUAUAUCAAACACAUGCAUUACUGCUAUCGGUGACCUGCAUCUAGCAUUUAUAGCGGAGUCUCCGAGAUAACGUAAUCAUUGCUAUUGUUACAUCGAACAAGUCAUGUGGGGAUUGUGUCUUAUAAACUCUGCUGCGUGCUGUCCAAGAGCAUAAUUUAUAAUUCAUAAUUAUUAUCACAAUGCAUUGACGUAUUGUCGGGAUAAACAUUGCUUUGGUAUGCUUGGACGUGAAGUGACAUUAAUUUGUAGACGCCUUUUCGCCCGCACAACAGACAACACACUGCGAACCGUUGAGAUUAUUGGAGUUAUAAAUAAAGAAAAAAGGGGUAACUCUCGUUCAAGUUCAUGGCAAUUAUUCACUGCUGUUUGCCGCGGUAAGCUGUAGAGUGUUGAAUCGUUGAGUGUAAAGUUUGGUGUAGAAAAGUUUCGACUUUUACCGCAAAUCGUGUACCUAUCUUGAAACGAUGGAAUUCAACGAUUUGGUCGCGAAGAUGUUGUCGAUGGCGUUGAUAUUCGGGGGGAGUAUCUUCAUCGGAACACUACCCGUAUUAUGCAGAAACUGCAGUGGACAACGAAGGCAGGUCUCCUCUUCAUUGCUUUGUCUCGGCGCUGGAGUUUUAUUUGCCACUUGUGCGCUGCACAUGCUUCCAGAGUCCAUACAAUCUCUCCCUGCCUUAUACGCAGGGCUAUUAUUCUGCGGCGGGUUCUGUUUACUUUACGCGGUGGACGAAAUGAUUUACUUUAUACGGGGUCGACCCAUCAACUUGCCGCACGUCCAUCGACCUGCAACAAGUCGCAGGAUCAAGCCCACAUCAAUACUUCGACGCAAUGAUGAUUGUAAGGUCACUGUCAGAGAUACCAGGGAGGGAAAUUUCUCCAAUGAAUACGUCGGUCACAACCCUGAUUCUCAAGUUUCUUAUCAGGCUUACACUCACGGCAGACUUCGAGAUCGUUUGUACGAGCCAAAUCUGAAAAACACAUCUUCCAAUCACAGAAGUGUAUCUGACAAUGAGGUCCACUCUACGACACCUUCGACUCCAUCACUUUGGCCCGAUGAAAACGAAACCUUACUUGCCCGUGAAGCACACAUCGAACCCGAUUCUGAGUUUAACGCGAGUCUACCGGGACUCUUGGCGGCGUUGGCCUUGCAUGCGAUUUUGGAAGGAGUUGCCAUUGGGGUACAAACAGAGACUGCUAAGGUGUGGCUCCUCGUGAUAGCAGUAGCUGCGCACAAAUUGGUCGUCUGCUUCUGUCUUGGCGUCGAAAUGGCAAGAUCUGUAUCAGUUUUGCAUCACGUAUUCGCUAUCGUUCUAUUCGCAGGCGGCUCGGUAGCUGGGAUUGGUAUCGGGAUGGUGGUUAAGGAAAACAGCCAAGAUUGGGUAACAGUGAUACCCGCGCUUAAUGCUGUGGCUGCCGGGGCACUUCUUUAUGUGGCUCUCAGUGAAGUUUUGCCGAGAGAAAGAGCCAGAUGGCAGAACACUCCAAACCGCUGGGCAAGAAUUUGGCAAUUUAUUUUCUUCGUAUCCGGCAUUGUCAUAAUAUUCAUAAUCAAGAAGUAUAUAAAGGCGACUUAAUCAUCGACUGGCAACGACUAACAGCUUCUAUCUCAUUGAACGACCAUCGACUAUAAGUUCAAGAAAUGUAUCGUAAAUUACAUAAAUAGAUUGUAGUGUUUUAUAUUUUUUGUAAAAUUUGUAUUUAAUAAUAUGAUAGUCAUU